CAGGAUGUAACAGAAAUAAAUCAGAAACACUCAGGAACGGACAGAGAAUGAGGAGUGUUGUCUGUUUUAAUGUUUCUCUACAGUGUUUUUUAAAUUUCACUUGGAUGGGAGUUUGGCAGGCUUACACUCUACGAUGAAUGUAUCUGAGGAGCGAGAGGACGGGGUCCCCACCUCUAAAGUAACUUUCUCUGAGAAACAUGACAGUCAGACCAGAGCUAAGAGCCAGGUGAAGCUGGAGAGUGCAGACUCAUCUGGAGACAGCCAUAUGUUUAUGAAAACUGACAGGUCUAUGUCUGAGCCUCUUGGGUUCAACAAUGGAGGAGACAAUGAUAAGCAAAUCCCAAUGAACCAGGAGAGACCAGUGUCCAUGAGAAGUGACCGUUCUAAAAAUGAACCUAUUACGUUCAAGAGUGACGGGCCGAAUGUUGUGCCAAGAAACCACAUACCAAGUACAAACCUGUACAGCCUUAAUACAAGCAAAAAAAUGACUCCACAACCACGCCUAGUGAACCAGGAGAGACCAGCUGUUCCCAGCUGUGUGUCCAUGAGAAGUGACCGGUCUAAAAGCGAACCUAUUGAGUUCAACAAUGAAGGGCCGAAUGUUGUGCCAAGAGGUCAGGCUGUCAGUGAUCAGCUUGUCCAGAAGCAUCAAAUAGACUCCAUUUUCACGCUUCUUGAACAAGAAAUUGGGACUUAUGUGAAGAAUGAACUGAAGAAGCUUCAGAAACUUUUGAGUGCAGAAUAUCCAGACUGCUCUGAGAAGCUGAGAGAAGAUGAUGAAGUCAGGGGUGGUGAAGAAGAAGAGCACAGAAGCAGCAGCAGAGAAGCAUUUUUGACAAUCACACUGAACUUCCUGAGGAAAAUAAAUCAGGAGCAGAUGGCUGACGCUCUGCAGAGCAAGACUGCUGCUGCAAUUUGCCAACGUAAACUUAAAUCUAACCUGAAGAAGAAGUUUCAGUGUUUGUUUGAGGGGAUUGCCAAAGCAGGAAACCCAACACUUCUGAACCAGAUUUACACAGAGCUCCACAUCACAGAGGGAGACAGUAGAGAGGUCAAUGAUCAACAUGAGGUCAGGCAGAUAGAAGGAGCAUCGCAAAAACGUGCAAGUUUAGGAACAACAAUCAGCUGUGAGGAUAUGUUUAAAGCUUUGCCUGAAAGAGAUGAACCAGUCAGAACACUGGUGACAAAGGGAGUGGCUGGCAUUGGGAAAACAGUCUUAAUGCAGAAGUACAUCCUGGACUGGACUGAAGACAAAGCCAACCACAAUAUACAGUUUAUUUUUCCAUUCGCUUUCCGAGAGCUCAAUUUGUUGAAAGCAAAAAACUACAGCUUGGUGGAACUUCUUCAUCACAUCUUUCCUGAAACCAAAGAAGCAGGAAUCUGCAGGUUUGAACAGUUCCAGGUUCUGUUCAUCUUUGACGGUCUGGACGAGUGUCGACUUCCUCUGGACUUCCGCAACAAUGAGAUCCUGACUGAUGUUACAGAGUUGACUUCAGUGGAUGUGCUGCUUACAAACCUCAUUAGAGGUAAACUGCUUCCCUCUGCUCGCCUCUGGAUAACCACACGACCUGCUGGAGCCAAUCAAAUCCCUCCUGAGUGCAUUGACAUGGUGACAGAGGUCAGAGGGUUUAGUGACCCACAGAAGGAGGAGUACUUCAGGAAGAGAUUCAGAGAUGAGGAGCAGGCCAGCACAAUCAUCUCCCACAUCGAGACAUCACGAAGCCUCCACAUCAUGUGCCACAUGCCAGUCUUCUGCUGGAUCUCUGCUGCAGUUCGGGGGGUGCUGAAAACCAGCGAGGGAGGAGAGCUGCCCAAGACCCUGACUGAGAUGUACAUCCACUUCCUGGUGGUUCAGACCAAACAGAGGAUUGUAAAGUAUGACAGCAGGACAGUUACAGGCCAUGUCUGGAACACAGAGACCCAGAACACAGUUCUCACUUUGGGAAAACUGGCUUUUGAGCAGCUGGAGAAAGGAAACCUGAUUUUCUAUGAAUCAGACCUGAAAGAGUGCGAUAUUGACAUAAAAGCUGCCCCACUCUACUCAGGACUUUUCACAGAAAUCUUCAAAGAUGAGCGUGGGCUGAACCAGGACAAGAUAUUCAGCUUUGUCCACCUGAGCAUUCAAGAGUUUAUGGCUGCACUCUAUGUUUUCCUGACGUUCAUCAACACCGGUGUGGAUCUACUGAGAAAAAAGCGGUUCACCUCAGCACGGCGUAAAUCUAUCUUUAAACACCUCUACAAGAGUGCGGUGGACAAGUCUUUACAGAGUCCAAAUGGACACCUUGACUUGUUUGUCCGCUUCCUUCUGGGCCUUUCACUGGAGACCAAUCAGAUGCUCCUGCAAGGCCUGCUGAAAAAGACAGGAAGUAAACCAAAAGUCAAAAAGAUGCUAGUGCAGUACAUCAAGAAGUUGAUCAGGCACAAUCCUUCUCCAGAGAGAAGCAUCAAUCUGUUCCACUGUCUGAAUGAGCUGGAUGACAAUUCUCUAGUGGAGGAGAUCCAACAGUACCUGAGAUCAGGACAUUUAUCUGACAACAAUCUAGCUCCUUACCAGUGGUCAGCGCUCGUCUUCAUCUUACUGUCAUCACAAAAAGAUCUGGACAAGUUUGACCUGAAGAAAUUCUCUGCUUCAGAGGAGGGACUUCAGUGGCUGUUGCCAGUGGUCAAAGCAUCCAAAACAGCUCUGCUGAACGGCUGUAACCUCUCAUGGAAAAGCUGUGAAACUCUGGUCUCAGUUUUCACUUCCAAGAACUCUAGUCUGAGAGAGCUGGACCUGAGUAACAAUGAACUGCACGAUAAAGGAGUAGAGCUGCUCUCAGCUGGACUUAAGAGUCCACGCUGUAGACUUGAGAUUCUCAGGCUGUCAGAUUGUCUGGUCACAGAGAGAGGCUGCGCUUCUCUGGCUUCAGCUCUGAGCUCUAACCCCUCUCAUCUGAGAGAGCUGGACCUUAGCUUCAAUCAUCCAGGAGACUCAGGAGUAAAGCUGCUGUCUGCUGGACUGAAUGACCCACAGUGGAAACUGGAAACUCUCAAGAUUGAUCACUGUGGAAAACGUCGACUGAAGCGACCACCCUUCAGGUAUUUCUGUGAGUUUUCACUGGACCCAAACACAGCAGACAGAAACCUUUCACUGUCUGACGACAACAGACGAGUGAGGGUGGUGAAAGAGAAGCAGCCAUAUCCUGAUCAUCCAGAGAGAUUUGAGGGCUGGAAACAGCUGCUGUGUAGCGAAGGUCUGACUGGACGCUGUUACUGGGAGGUAGAGUGGGAAGGAAAGGUUAACAUAGGAGUGACAUACAGAGGAAUCAAGAGGAAAGGAGACAGGGAUGACUGCUGCAUUGGAUGGAACAAUCAGUCUUGGAGUCUGUUCUGCUCUACUCAGAGUUACACUGCCUGGCACAAUAACACACCAACAGACAUAUCUACAUCUCCGCCCACUGAUGCUAACAGAGUAGCAGUGUAUCUUGACUGGCCUGCUGGCACUGUUUCCUUCUACUGUCUCCCCUUCACAGUCUCCUCAGUCAAAAAGAUCCACCUCCACACCUUCCACUCCACAUUCACUGAACCUCUCUACCCUGCAUUUGGGUUUGGAAAAAUGCGUGAGUUUAAGACUGAAUCUAGACGGUUAGCAUCCUCUGUUUAUCUGUCACAGAUAGAAGAAUAAAUGUCUCUUGUAUAAAACAGUGGUUCCCAAAGUAAAUGGGUGCUGUGCAUGCCGGGGUUCCUUAAGACAGUGUCACAAGAUUCAUUUCCAAUUUUUUUCACGUUAAUGUUUUACCACGUUAAAGAGUCAAAAUCACCAGAUUAAAAACCCCGUUCUACAUGUUAUAUGUGCAUAUAUAUGGGUUUUCUAGAUGAAUUGUAGAUAGAAAUAAUGACUGUAAGAGCAAGUGAUGUAUAGUUUUUUUCACUAAAGCUAAAAGAAAUACUGAUACAAGAGCUCUCACCACAGACUGAGACCAACAGCCAGUUAAAAACCUGAAAUUAGACUACAAAGUGGAACAUGUCAUUUUGUGGAUACGCUUGCUGUCUCACAUCAAAACUACAUGUCUGUAGGACAAAACUAAUGCAGCAUAUACGAGACAUACCACUCUUUAGCAAAUAUAUUGAAUACCGCACAUUUUGGGAAAAAGUCAACAAUAAAUGCUGGCUCCUUGCCUGUAAUUCUUACUGCAAGAAUUGUAUUGUCAUACACACCAAAAACUAUAUAUAACAACUAUUCAACAUGGACAAAGACCAACAAACCUGAGCCGGUCAAAAGAACUGAAAUCAGUCUGCACAGCAAAAUCUACUUGACUUGCAUGACUUGUAUAGGGGAAGCUAGCAAUCUAAUAAUGGAUACUAAUAACCCACACAGUUUGAGAACCACUGCACUAGCAACAAGUAUGAAAAACAGAACCAAUGCAUGAUGUCAUAUAGUUUUUUUUAUAAAACCAAAAAUGUAAUCUAGAAAAUGUAAUCUACAUUUGAACAGGACAAAAGAAAUAUAUUUUAGGUUCAAUAUUUAUCUACAGAUCUGCACAGAAACCUAAUCAAAAACUGCUUCUUCACCUGUAAAGCAAUUAAGUCUUAAUUAAUUCACUUGAUGUUGGUUUAGUUAUACAUUAUAUACAUUGUACAUUUUACAUCAUUGUUCUAGGCCGUGUUAAGGCCAUUGUAGAUAUAAAAAAAAUGAACUACGGAAGUGGGGGAGAAAGGUAAUAUUCAGGGAAAAAAACAAGAUUAAUGUCUGAAAGUUACAAAAUGUAUGAGAAAGGUUUUUUGAAAAUACUAUUUUUUUUUUUUUAGAAAUACUUGUUGUUAGUGUCUCCGUACUGUAUUGAAAGCAUGCAGGCCAUGCAGAUGUCCCUCAUAUCUGGUUAACUGUCUGAAAGCUCCAUCUCGUCUCUUAUGUCUGCACUGACACUUGCCUUGUUUUAUUAAUGACUGAAAAUAAUGAUUAGUUUUUUUUUUCCCUUGUAAAUUUAAAACUUUAUUCUCCGAAUAUUACCCCCUGGCUUCUUUUUUAUUUAUUUAUUUAUUUUAUUUUACAAUGGCCCUGAUACACAAUUUAAGUUUGUUGAGUGAUUGAUUGACUGAUUUGUGUGACAGCAACAAUCACCUUCAGGCAACUGAAACAAAUCUGGGUUCUUCAAGUGAACUUUUUCAAACAGAACAGAACAGAUAAGAUUUCUCACAUCACUGCACAUCCUCAACAACCCUGCUCUUCAGGAAUACCUUUAUGUCUGCCUACCUCAAUUGCCAGUGGUACCAGUUUUUAGAUGAACACACAAUGACCUCUCCCUCUCUUUAAAUUAAAUGUUAUCUAAGGUUCUGUGUAGUAAUGCUCUUUAUUUGACCAUAGUUUCUGAGAUACCUAUACCUAUACCUACAAUACCUAUCUGAUGUUUAAAAUUAGCCAACAUAAGCCCAGUGGUGGAAUGUAACUAAGUACAUUUACUUAGUUACUGUGUUUAAGUACAAUUUUGAUGUAUGUGUACUUUAUUUGAGCAUUUCCAACAUAUGCUACUUUAUACUUCUACUCCACUACAUUUUAUAGUAAUUACUUUCUACACAGAAGUGAGACAUUUGUUCAAUAAAAUCAAUAAAAAUAAAAGGUGUGAUUUUAUAUUUCCACCAAAAGGAGGCAGUACCCCUCUUUCAUUUAAACAGAGACAGUUAGGAUAAUGGGUGGUCAAUUAGUUUGUCAGUGUACGAUUUUUUAUCAGUUAUUUGCUUUAGAUUGAUAAACUGAGAUGUUCCAUGUCUGUAUACUCCAGUCAAAGAAUAAAAACUAAUCACUUUAAAGGCAGGUUUCAGUAGCUGGAGCAGUGACACAUCUUCUGCUUAGUGGUAUGUUGACAGCAAAUCAAUCAAAUAAUCAAUUUUAAUGGGAAAAUCAGGUUGUUCACUAACACUGUGAGUCAUUAACUACAAUGCACAAAAAGCCCACAUGUUUUAUUCAAUGUAAAAAAUAUUCCAUUACAAGUAAAAGUAAUGGAUAACUAUUUAACUAAAAGUACAGAAGUACAAUAUACAACAUUAUGAAAUUAACCCUGUAAAGCCUGAACUAUCAAACAACUGCCAGAAAAUUCAAAGGUUUUGAAUAUGGAGUGGUUAUUAUACCUAAUGCCAAAUAAAAAAAAAUUAAUAGCC